AUGUUUUCUCCCAAUCCUUCUUCUUCUUCUUCUUCUUUCGGGUCGUAUAUUCCAGCUUCGUUAUCUCUCGCGCCAAACGGGAACAACAAAACCGGGGACUCAAAUGGAUUGCCUAGCGGUUUCAAUAGGGAAAGUAGUGAGCUGAUGAUGAAAUCAUCUGUGGGGCCCACGGGCAAGAUCAAGAAAGGGGAGAAGAAAUUAGCUAGAAAGCCGAGAUUCGCCUUUCAGACGAGGAGCCAAGUCGAUAUACUCGAUGAUGGAUACCGGUGGAGAAAGUACGGGCAGAAGAAAGUGAAGAACAACAAUUUCCCUAGAAGUUACUAUAGGUGCACGCAUGAGGGAUGCAACGUUAAGAAGCAAGUGCAACGACUAUCCAGAGACGAGGGUGUUGUAGUCACGACUUAUGAAGGAGUGCACACGCAUCCCGUGGAAAAACCCAUCGAAAAUUUCGAGCAAAUCCUCAAUCAGAUGCAUAUCUAUCCUAUUGUGAAUUAGCCAUAUAUAUCCUAUUCAAAACAUGAUACGACAGUAAAUAAUUAUCUUGCAGCUAUAUAUAAUGUGAUGAGAAAAUUAAUGGUGUUAGUUACCUCAUCUUAUGUGGGCUGUUGUGAAAAGUUUGAAGCAUUCACAAAACUCUGAUUAAGAGUAGCAAUCUUUUGCUCUCAUGGAAAAGCCCUAUAUAUAUAUAUAUAU